AUGGACAACAAAAUUGUAGAGAAAAAUUGUAAUAACCCAACCAUUUCUGUAGUCGAUGUGUUAACUCCGUGUAAUGCACAAGUCACAUCUACUAAUAGUAAUACAUGUGUCAGUACCAUGAUUGAUCCAGACAUAUCUGAAGUAGUAUCAACACCUUGUGUAAGUAACGAUACUAACAUUAUAAUAUAUAAUUCGUCAGAUGUUGGAGAUUUUAUUAAUAUUCAUCCAAUACCAGAAGAUAAAAAGUACAGUCUACUAACUAAUCCAUACAAACCAACUAUAAAUUAUAAUUUUAAAAAUGACAUGGCAUCAAAUUCUAAACGUGCAUUUAAUUUGAAGUACUUAGAAAUGUAUGAUUGGAUGAUUUAUUCACCUAAACAUAAAGGGGUUUUUUGUAAAUUUUGUGUUUUGUUCAAAGCUAAUGUACACAGAGGUAAACAAGGUUCUUUUAUUAUUACACCAUUCACAAAAUUUUAUCAGAUAAUUGAAGAGUCAAAAAAACAUGAAAAAACACAGUGGCAUAAUGAUUCAAAAGUUACAGCAAAAUUGUUUUUAGACAGUGAUAAUAUUUUAUCGAACCAUUUUGACACGGCCUCUGGGAAAUCCAAAUAUAUAUCACAUAGAAUUCAAAAUGAAAUUAUUCAAAUUUGUGGUCAAGUAAUUCGUAAUGAUAUUGUAUCCCAAGUCAAUAAUUCAAUUGCAUUUUCUUUACUGGCUGAUGAAACAGCAGAUAUUGCAGGAAAAGAACAAUUAUCUAUUGGUGUAAGAUAUAUUGAUAUUAAUUAUGUAGUGCAUGAGGAAUUUAUUGGAUUUAGUGAAAUACAUAUUUUAAAUGCAGAAGGUGUAUCAAGAAGAUUUGAUGGUUGUUCAACCAUGAGUGGCAAAGAAAAUGGUGUACAGGCAAUUAUCCGAAAAAUAUAUCCAACUGCUUGUUAUUUUCAUUGUGCUUCACAUAAACUCAAUUUAGUAGUUAACGAUCAAAAUUCAAUUCCUGAAAUCAGAAAUACUAUUGGUACUGUAAAGGAAAUAAUUAAGUUUUUUAGAGAAAGUAUUUUGAGAAGAAAACUUAUUCCAAAUAUUCCAUUAUUUUGUGAGACACGUUGGUCAGAAAAGUACAAAUGUAUACGGUUAUUUGAUAACAGUUUUAUUGAAAUUAAAAAUGUUCUUGAAAAGUUAUCUAUUAGUUCAGAAGCAAAUACUGUUACAAGAAAUCGUGCGUUCCAACUUUCAUCAGCCACAUCAAAUAGUACUUUUUUGAUUAGUUUAAAAGUAAUUGCUUAUUACUCUUCUGUUCUAGAACCAGUUGUGACCAAAUUACAAGGUACAAGUGUUAAUCUUCAUUCUGUUCAUAAAUUUGUUAAAACAGAACUUCUUGGCAUAUUGAAUAAACAUAGAGAAAACAGCAUAGAGUAUUUUAAUACAAUUUUUGAGGAAAUCACUGAAGCAGCAAAUAGCUUAGAUUUUGUACUUAAAAUACCUCGAAGAACAAAUCAUCAGAGUCAACGAUCAAAUCAUAAUUGUUCAUCAAAUGAUUCUAUCAAAGAUUAUUACAGAAUUUAA